AAAGUGGACUUUCGAUGAAACGUCCGUUUGGACAUUGAACGAUCAUUAAAAUGUAUCCACAUCCAGCAUUGCACAGUUUUAUGCAGGGAUGCAACAGCAAAAUAUCUGGAAGGAUCCUAAAUCGGACGAUGGACGAGGCCAUGUUCAAGGUAACGGACUGUCGAAACGCGGAUGUUGGGAUUUCACGCCUGUCGACCAAGCAACCGCAGUGUUACGCACCGCACGUGGACGUGACGCGGGCGAGAUGCGGUUACCGUGCGUUCGCCCUUUCAAAAUUGAGAAAUGAAUUGCACGUGGACGACCCAUUAAUCGUUCGAAGAGCAGUUACGACGAUCGCGGACAUCCUUGUAAAUCCCGAAAAAUUGUCCGAGGCGCUGAAACUGCGCAUUCCGGACAGGUUGUCGGAUUUACUGGUGUCGCAAGACUCCUACCUCAGAGAACGAGUCGCAAUGGCGUUCAUUACGAUCGGCGGUAGGUCGGCGGGGAGGGAGGCGAUUUUGAAGAACGCUUCGACUCUUUGCAACUUGUCGAAAGGCCUUGGGGAUCGUUUGGCCGCUGUGCGCAUAAAAAUGGCACUGGCCGUCGAAAUGUUAUCCCGAGCAGCUUGCGCUGCCGAGGAUCUCUGCAGCUACGGAUUCAUAGAGUUGAUCGUGAAUCGACUUACGUUCGAAAGAAAAGCUAUACUGCUCGUGCUCCUUGAUAUCCUGAAAUCGCUACUCGACCGGAAGCUCAAGUCACACGCGAUGGAAAUCGACAUCGUGGAGAAACUGACGAUCCUUCUGCGCCGAAAGGACCAAGAAACUUUAGCAGGAGCACUCUCGUGUCUAGCGAUUCUCUGCCAAGAAUCUGCGCUGAAGCAAGUAGUCAUCGACAAGGACCUUUUUCCUCGUCUGAAGGACAUGCUGGACGAUCAAGUAGAUUCGUAAUCUGCGAUCAUUUUCCAUUUCCCAGCUGAUGGCGAAACACGUUAAAUUACAGAGAGCAGCAGUUCACUCGAAAGCUGCAACCGCCAUUGCCUUCCUGACCACCACGACUCCGGGCAAGUUUCUAGCUUUGAAGCUGCAAAUUAUUGGGAGGCUCCUCGAAUUGGCUGGCAGCCAUCACUGUCGACAAUC